AUGGUUCAUCAACACGGCGACCAUCACGACAUUCCCCACGAGCACCAUGUGGACAAGGCCGGUGCCUGGUUGCCAGCCGACCAUCGUAUCCACCAAGAGUGGUUGAGCGGCCAGGUGGAACAUGCCAAGCAGAACCGCAAGGAACUCCUCCCCGUGCUCAAGGAGUUCAAGGACUUCAUCGAGAGCGACACCCGGAUCUACAUGCUCUUCAUCCAGAUGUUCGAAGAAGUUCCUGUCAAGCACCCUUACAACAAAGACCCGACUGGACGAAAGCAGAUCCGUGACUAUCACCACCUGCUCGAGGUCAUGAACCACACUUUCACGACAGCACCGCAAUGGACCGACUCUGCACAGAAAGUGGGAAUGGUCGGCGUGCCCAUGUGCGCCAUUCUCGACUAUCCCAUGGGAACGCCUGCGGGUUAUGCUGCGUUCCUUGACCCUGCUGUCAACCGAGAGCUGAAGAAAGUUCUGAACGAAUGGGGCAAGUUCCUCCAAUCACCCAAGAGUGCUGAAGUUUUGGGCACGCACAAGCAGGGCUGGUUCGGAGAUGUAGCUCAGAAGGAUAUCAUGGAAGUGGCGAAUGCACCCUAUAAGACGGCCCACGAGUUUGAGGACUUCUUCCACUGCGAUCCAAAGGCCAAGCACUAUGGUUACAAGUCUUGGGACGACUUCUUCACGAGAAAAUUCCGGGACGAGGUGCGCCCCGUGGCAUCUCCAGAAGAUGAAAAUGUCAUUGCAAACGCCUGCGAGUCCAAAGUCUUCAACGUUGUACACAAUGUUAAGCUGCGAGAUCAUUUCUGGAUCAAGGGUCAGCCUUACUCGGUGCGGGAUAUGCUUGCCCACGACUCUCUGUCCGACAACUUUGCAGGAGGAACCGUCUACCAGGCAUUCCUGUCUGCAUUGUCUUACCACCGAUGGCACGCUCCCAUCAGCGGUACGGUGAAGAAGGCGUUUGUCCAGGACGGGACUUACUUCUCGGAGCCGCUGUUUGAAGGUAUUGGCGAGCCAGGCACGGCGGAGAUUGAUGCUGGAGGUAUUAGUGUCGGCCAAGGAUACCUGACCGCUCUUGCCACUCGUGCGAUUAUCUUCAUCGAGGCAGACAACCCGGCUAUUGGUUUGAUGGCUUUCAUUGGCGUAGGUAUGGACGAGGUGUCGACUUGCGAGAUCACGGUCAAGGAGGGCGAGCAUAUCACCAAGGGCCAGCAGACCGGCAUGUUCCACUUUGGCGGAUCUUCGCACGUUCUUUUGUUCCGCAAGCACGUCAACGUGGAGGGUUUCCCCCAGCCUGGCCGCGCAGAGAACGUGCCAGUCAGGAGCCAGGUCGCAGUGGUAAAGCCAUGA